AGUAUACAAUCUUUAAACAAGGUCUACUACCGGAAAUUCAGAAAACGUUUCAACGAAGUGUUUUCAGCGUGCAGACUUCAGAGAGGAGGUACUAAGCCUGCCAUUAUUUGAUCAGGACUAAAAGGACAAGGCAGCACAGCCAGCCAGCAUUAACUGCUCCGUAGGUUUACAGCCAGCCAAGUAGUCCUAGGCCCGGAACACCGUCAUCCAAGAUGGACUCCUGGGUUCGGUUCAAUACCCAGAGUCAAGCGAAGGAGAGAGUUUUGAGGUAACACGGGCUGCACAGUAUUCUUGCAUGUUGUUGGGCUACACUCUGCACAAAAGCAGUGUAUCCACUGACCUCCAAAGAACUAUCAGUGAACUGGAAGCACAUAUGAGCCUGACAAGAAAGUUGCUGCGUCUGGGGAACUCUGUAGAGGCUCUGCAGGCAGCCAAGAUGACCAUCCAUCUUUCUGACAGUGUUCUGAGGCUGUGCCUUACCAUUGGUCACCUGAACAGAGCCAUGUACUUUGCUUGUGACAAUGUUCUCUGGGCAGGGAAAAUUGGCAUAAUUUCCAAACUUGAUCAACAGAAAUGGAAUCAUAGAUCUUUCAGGUACUACCUAUUUGCUCUGAUUCUCAAUGUCACUCGAGACGUGUAUGAACUCUGCCUGCUCCUGGACUGCGAGGAUUGUUACAGAAGUACCAAAUCACCAUUGUCUACUAGUCCCAGCAGUGCCAUCCCUGCUGACCAACUGUCUUCAUCAUCAUCUUCUUCCAUUCCAGUCACUGUAACUCCUGCUGUCAUGUGGGUCUGGCUCCGCAAACGCAUCCAUCAAGUAGGAACUGUCCUGUACAACAACCCACCACUCCUGUUGGACCUGCUGAAGAAUGGCUGUGAUAUUUUUAUUCCACUGGACAAGCUGGGGAUUUAUCAAACAGGCCCAGGCUUUGUUGGGACUUGUGGGUUGCUCUCAUCAGUCCUCUCUAUUGUCACAAUGCUCCAUCCAUGGCUAAAACUGAAGCCAUGAACCCAGAUAAACCACACACAAUGGGUCAUCACACCAAAUUCUGUGAAAGAAAGGGUUUCCUGCCAUCACUGUACCAUGUUAUGGUUCCAUCCAACAGCAGGUGGUUUAUCAUUCCAAAAAAAACAUAUCCUUGCUCCACCUGGGGCCAAAUGCAGUAUAUAUAUAUAUAAAAAAAGAUACCAACAAAUGCAUGUCACUAAGACUGCACACACAGCAGAAAUGUUUGACACUUUAAAUGUUCAUUUUUUAUUGGUUCAUUGGUUUAUUCGUUUUAUUGGAAAAUAUUAAUUUUUACAAAAACUCAUAAUAUCAGAAAGAUAGUUAAAUAUAGUUUCCAAACAUACAUAAAUCACAUAGCAGCACUUAUACACAGAAGUUUUUCUGUCUACCAACCAGUAAUUAAUCUCACUGGACAAUGUGACUUUCUCUUUGAAAUGUGCUGAGAAAGGUGGAUGGCUUUGUUGGAAAUUUAGUUUAGCAUCUGACCCCUGUUGUUGCAGUCUAAAUUUCAGUUUUUCCAAAAAAUUAUCAGGUACUAAUAUCCGAGAAAUAUUAUGUUAUUUCACACUAGUUUGAUACACCAUGACUUUUAACUCAUCAUUGUGCAACUAAAGCAUGUUAACAAGAUGCAUUGUCUAUUAUUCCUCUACCUUGUGGUUUUUCUCAGAUGAAAAACCACAAUGAUAACAUGUGUUUUGUUAUCAUAUAAAGUACCUGCCCUCCCCUUAUUUUUUUUCCAGGGGUUAGUUUGUCAAGGGAAAAAAAAUCAGGACUAAAAUUUGUUCAGAAAAAAGUAAAAUAUUUCAAACUUACAUCCUGGUGUUGGACUCAGGGGAUUCAACUUAAUGACCUCAGUAAAUACUUAACUUUACUGUGAUGUCAAAUUACAGGUUUUAAUUUGUUCAGACAAUGUUGAAUGUUUCCUUUUUAUUUAGUGUUAGACAUGAGCCAUCUUGGUUGAAAAUUUCUCACCCAGGACACAGACUAUAUGGUUCAGCCAAGGAAACGUUGUUUACACGACUCCAGAAGAAACAUAUAAAGGUCAUGGAAUGGCUCCUGGCUAGUCUCCUGACCUCAAUCCCAUUGAAAAUCUAUGGAGAGAGCAGAAGCUCCGUGUUAACAAAUGCAUGCUUAAAAAUCUUAAGAAUUUGGUGAUGGGCCACAAUUACUCCUGAAGUGGGUGCACACCUUAUUAAAAAAUCCCAACAAAAACUUCUUUCAUGCAUGCAUAACCUACUGACUGCUGUGCUUUCCGACCAAAUAUUAAAUGAUGUUUCACUGGGGGGGGCGGGUCAAAUACUUACUUCCUUCAAUAGAAUUCAAAUUAUAGAUUUUUUCUCAUUUUAUGUAAUUUUCUGUUUUUCUUGUGAUAUUAUGUGUCACUGUUAAAAUAAA